GAUGUAAUUUCCUAUAAGUUGAAAUAUAACAAUAGAAAUUAACCUGAAUUGUUUGCAUUAAUGUGUCUUUUGCACUCUGAUGCAAAGUUUACGUUUUGUAUAUGUUAUAUUCAAUAUCAUAGGUUAAUAUUGAUGCAUAGUUCUUGUAAUCAGAAAUCUGCUCCUAUAGGCACUAUGACUUGUUCUCAGCCAGAUGUUGGAUUCGUAUAAAGAGCUAGCAGACAGCUGAUGUCUCCAGAGAUGUUCUCACAGACUCAGUGGCGCCAGGUUUUCACACAAUCACAGGAUAUGUAAAGACUUCAAUAACGACCCAUUAGCCCUAAUGAUUGCAAGUCGAACAGGCGUUAAAACACAUACAUGCAUAUGCUAAUGAAGACUGGUGUCCGGAGGCGGUAUAUAUACACCGAGGGUUCCCUCUAGGGCGUCACAAUCCUCUUGGGAUUUUCACUGGAUACACUUGGACCACCUCGAGCUGAAACAUGGUGAAAAACUUUUCCGUGGAAUGGCUUGCCCAAAGCUUUCAUGACUGCAAACAGGAUCCGAAACAAAUGCAGGCUUCCCAGGCUCCUGUAAAGCGACAUGUCCCUUGUCUGGUUCAGCCGCGGCCUCCGACGUCUUAUGACAAAGUUUACAUUCAGGCCAAGCCGAAAUGUAGCCGGAUUGAGGAGAACACCGAGGAACAGAAGGUGAAAGAAGGCAUGGUGUUUACGCACUCAGCUCAGAGGAAUUGCACUUCUCCAAGCUCCUCAGAGAACAGCGGUUACUCUUCUGGUUAUGAGAGCGAGGCCGCUGCGUCAGAGUGUCCCUCCAUUGAAGAUGGAAGUGAGGGGGAAAGAGAUGGAGGCGCCCACCGUAGAAUCAGAACCAAAUUCACCCCAGAGCAAAUCGAGAAGCUUGAGAAAAUCUUCAACAAACACAAAUACCUGGACGCGAGUGAGAGGGUUAAAACAGCACAGAAACUCAACCUAUCCGAAACUCAGGUACGGACUUGGUUUCAGAAUCGCAGGAUGAAGCUAAAACGUGAGGUUCAGGAGUUGAGGGCUGAAUACACACUCCCUGCUUUACCGCAUUAUCUCUUACCGGCGGUUCCAACGCUUCCUUUCCACUACGGCGGCGGACAGCGCGUGGCUUUCCCCGCAGCUCCUCACGUGCCCAACACGCACACAAUUCCAACUAUCCCAGUUCAUCACCGCGCCAUCGCGCACCAGCAGAUCAUUCCUCAGCACAGCCACCACAUGAUCUCCAUGCAACAUCACUAUUAGACUUUAUAAAAUAUCAUGGAGAAUAUGUCGAUUUUUUUUGUAAUUGUUGCUAUGUGCAAUAUAUAUGAUGUACAGUUUUGUAUAUAGAA